AGAGAGCAACAGGUUGGUCUGGCUGGGAGGCGUCACGCCCUCCCCGAGAAGGUAAUGAGCACGGCACAACAGGUGUUUGCUCCUCAUUACCCAGAUCUCUCCUCCCUGGUAGAGAAGACAGGAGGCGACUGCCAGACCCCGGCUGCCAUAUCCCUCUCGCCCAGGGUGCUCCCCCAGGUGCCCGGUCUCCCUGCCCCCCAGGGGGGGCAAGAUGGCCUGUCAGUCCAGCGUCAGCUUCAGUAGCCUCAGCAGCUAUGGCGUAGCCUCGGGAUGGAGCACUGGACCAGGGUCCCCGGGAUGGAAUGGCUGUGAAGGGCCCAGCUCCAGUCCCAGCUUCAGCUCUCGAAGCCUGACCAGCUGUGGGCCGAGAGGUACCUUCCAGAAGGUGACCGUAAACCCCAGCCUCCUGGUGCCUUUGGACAUCAAGGUGGACCCCACCAUCCAGCAACAGAAGAAUCAGGAGAAAGAGGAGCUGAAGACGCUCAACGAUAAAUUUGCCUCUCUGAUUGGGAAGGUGCAGUCCCUGGAGCAGCGGAACCAGCUGCUACAAACCCGAUGGAGCUUCUUACAGGAGCAAGAAUCCACCUCCGUUGACUUCAGCCACAUGUAUGAGGAGUACCUGAACCGGCUGCAGCAGGAGCUGAGGACAGUGAGCCAGGAGCGAGGUCAGCUUGAAACCAACCUGAUGCAGAUGCUGGAGAAGGUAGAAGAAUACAAGAUCAAAUAUGAAGAAGAAAUUACCAAGAGAACUGACAUGGAGUUCACCUUUGUCCAGUUAAAGAAGGAUCUGGAUGCCGAGUGUCUUCGAAGGACAGAGCUGGAAGCCAAACUACAAGGACUCCAGAGUUUUGUGGAGUUGAUGAAAACUGUGUAUGAGCAGGAACUCCAGGACUUGAUGGCCCAGGUGAAGGACAUAUCAGUGACUGUAGGAAUGGACAGUCGCUGCCACAUCGACCUCAGUGGCAUCGUGGAGGAAGUGAAGGCCCAAUAUGAUGCCAUUGCUGCCAAGAGUCUGGAGGAGGCUGAAGCAUAUUCCAGAAGCAGACUGGAGGAGAGGGCAGCUCGAUCUGCUGAGUUUGGGAACAGCCUUCAAAACAGCCGAAGUGAAAUCGCCGACUUGAACAUCCAAAUUCAGAAGCUAAGGUCCCAAAUCCUCUCCCUCAAAAGCCAUUGUCUGCAUUUGGAAGAGAACAUCAAGACAGCAGAGGAACAAGGAGAGUUGGCCUUCCGGGAUGCCCGGGCCAAGCUGACCCAGCUGGAGGAGGCCCUGCAGAAAGCCAAGAAGGACAUGGCCAUCCAGCUGCGGGACUACCAGGAGCUAAUGAACGUCAAGCUGGCCCUGGACAUUGAGAUUGCCACCUACAGGAAGCUGGUGGAAGGAGAGGAGUGCAGAAUGGACUCUCCUUCCUCUGCAGUUGUCAGUACUGUCCAGUCCCGAUCCAGACCUGUUGUCUCCAAAUCAGGACUCUCAAAGAGCCCAUCCAGAAGGAGGAAGAACAGGGGUCCAGUGAUCAAGAUAACAGAGAUGUCUGAGAAACUCAUCUCUCAGGAAUCUGAGGCCACUCAGUAAGGCAGCUGGCCCCCUGACCCAGCUCGCCAUUCCCACAAUAACAGGAGUGACUCAUGGAAGAGGAGGGAAGCAACAGCCUGCUUGCAACGUCAACAAGAGAAGGUGUCCAGAGGGGGUUAAUGAUCAUUCCACUCUGUUUCUCAACCUCCCGACAACAUCACUCAUUUCUGGAAUUUCCACCCAGAAGUCAAAGCCAUUUGCUUCCUUUCCUGGACAUACUAAAGGGACUUCAGGAUCAAUCUUGCCUCUAUUCCUUGUCACCUCUAGGACUUCCUCUGAUUCCUUCCCCCUACAUCCAGUUUUUACUUUAGGUUGGGGGAUCUGAAUGACUGAUCGAUCUGCAGGAUCCUCUGUCCUGGAUAUGUCUCUCAAGUUCCUGCCUCAGGACAGAAUGAAAUGAGCGAGUCUGCCAUUGCUCCCUGCUCUGGUCACCUUCAUGUUGUUGUCCCUCCUCUGGCACCUCCAGGGGAUGGGUGGAGGAAAGGAAGCUUGGGUGCCACUGAUGAGCCAGAUUAGCAGGGAAGAUGAAAGCCCACUGCCUUCCUGGCUACCAACCUUUACUUGCUCCCCAAACACUUAACAGUAUUAAAAGUAAGCAGGGUGUGGGGAUACCUAGGGGAGAAAUUAGAUGUUCUUCUGGGUGGGAUGAGAGAAUUAGCCUCAGGGCUCCUAGGUGCUCAGCUUAGGUGCCUAACUGUCCCUCCCUUUUCCUUCUGCCCCUGAUAAUUUGCUCAAAUGUAAUCACCCCCAGGAAAGGAACAGUGUGCUGGCCUGUUCCUGAGCCAGCUUCCCAUCUCCUCAUCAGGGAAACCUUAUAUUCUUGCCAUUUAGUUGGAAGAUAGGGUUAAAGAAGCACCCUUCUCCCAUCUAGUUCCAAGUUCUCAUGGAUGUUGCUAACACUUAAACCCUACUUACAUGACUAGAGGAAAGCUAACAGAAUCUCAUCUUAGCUUAUUCAGGUGCAGCUACUGUGGAGCCUAGCAUGGACCCCUUGUCCUAGUGUCCCUAUGCUCUCACACUCAGGAUUCCUAUUCUUUAACUAUGUACUCUACCCAAAAAGGCAAAGUUCUCAUUAUCUCUAAUAUAGCCACAUUGCCAAAAUUGUCCCCUUCCCAUCCUCCCAAGAGAGAAACAGAAAUGCCUUGAAUCUCCAAUUCUUGGUCAUCUAUGACUGGAUUUGCUGCCCUUUUCCUUCUCCCAGGACUAACAUCCUAUGCCUUGCCUUUUUGCCUUCCUGCCUUCUUUCUCAGUGGUCCAUGAUGAAGGUUUAAUUAAAUCCCUUUGGAGCCCCUGAGGAUAGAGAAUCUAAGCACAGGUGGGUAAGGAUUCUCCUUAGCUACUGUCCUCUACAGCUAUGCUACAGCCCCAAAAUGAAAGUCUUAAAGACACAAGAGAAAAAAAUCAGUAUCUAAAAUAGGAGUAUUCAAGUCUGUGACACUAAUAAUUCCUUUCCCCUUUUCCUAUCAGAUUCCAAGUGGCCCCCUACUGACCUUUUUUUAGUCUGAAAUCUCCUCAGCAAAAGACCCCCAGACUUCCUCCAGCUUCUCCCUUACCUGGGACUCCAUAAUGCUCCCAACCCUAGUUUUUUCACUCUUCCCCAAGACCCAUUUCUUAAGUGUCUAGACUCUGUACCUUUCUUUGGUCUUUGAUCUUUAGUAUUCCAAGCUGCCAAGCAGAAUAGAAUGCUAUCCACUACCUGCGUCUCAGCUGAGAAAUCAAGGGGACACAGGCUUACCUAAAUCUCCAUCUGGGAAGCUGUCCAACACUUUCCCAGCCCCAAACAAAGACUCUAGCUGCUGUUUUUCAUGCUAUUUAUUGGUUUCUAAGGGUGAAACACAUCAAUAGGAUAUGCGAUACAUAGAAAUAUAUGUAUUAUUUUUUCAUAAGUUAUAUGGCUCUUAACUUAUUGCCUCCCUCCCUCUUUCUGCCUACAAAAUCAAUACUCUGGACUGUCUUUGUGGACAGCACUUGUCCUAGCCACUGUACCUCAUAGAUUGAACUCUCCUAGGACAAUACCCCCUCCUCUGCCAGGUGGGGUGAAUAAAGUGUGCUGAGCAUCAUUUAAUGAUG